UCACCGCUGCGGUUCGGGACAGCGCUGCUCCGCUGCAAACAGGUGUGCUGCUGUCCGGCUCGUCGCCUUGCGCCCAUCAGGAACCAACGCGUCCCGGAAGAAUCGAGUGGGACGGCGGCGGCGGCGGCGGGGGGUGGUCGAAGGAGGAGGAAGCCGCUGAAGUGUGCUCUUUAUUAGCCCGAGCUAUUGGAUCCAGACGGGGGGAGAGAGACGGUGGGAGCGAGGGCGAGCAAUGGCAACGAAGAAGGCGUGCGUGGAUGCGCCCAAGAGGAGCCGGAGUCCGGUCGUGUUGGAGGCGGAGAUGUUCAGUGAAUUUCAGGACUGGUGUCUCCGCACUUAUGGAGACUCUGGCAAAACAAAGACCGUCACCCGGCGAAAAUAUAACAAAAUCAUGCAGACGUUGUUGCAAAACGACGAGUCGGACGGCGUGUACGUCGACAACAGCCACAUUAACGCCAAAUUCAAAUUCUGGGUGAAGUCUAAAGGAUUUCAGGUGGGCACCAACGUUUUGGGAGAGCACAACAAGAAAGGAGCUCCAGGGAAGCCCGUGCUAUAUGUCCCGGUCAAGUCAACGUGUUCAGAUGGAAAUUCAGCCCAUGACAACUCCUCUUUGAAGCGUGUGGCUGUAGUAGAAGACUUCUUUGACAUCAUCUAUGCCAUGCAUGUUGAGAUUGGCGUUGACCCUGGCAGGGCACCGAAACAUGCAGGCCAAAAGAAAACCUACAAAGCGAUCGCAGAGACCUAUGCCUUCCUGCCCAGAGAGGCGGUGACUCGGUUCUUAAUGAGCUGCAGAGAGUGUCAGAAAAGGAUGCACAUCAACCCCAGCACUGCAGAGUUCAAAGAAAAUGACAGACCGACCUCUCUGGUCCCUGACCUCAUUGAUUACAACAUGCCUCUUACUGCCACCUACCUGAAGCAAAUGAAACUGCAGUGCAUGACAGCCACGGAGAGGGAUGACAGUUCGGUGAGUAGCGAGGAUAUGAACGGUGCUGAGCCUGCAUGGGUCGCAGCUGAGCAGCCACCAGUGCCUGAGCCCAGUCUGCCGAAUGGAGAGCGGGCCAGCGACCCGGCAGCCAUCGUCAAGGAAGAGGAUGCAGAUGACGACUUCUCAGAGAGCAGCAGUGCCAACGGCAUGCCGGCCCUGACCUCGCCAGAGGUGCAGCCUGUGGGCGGGAACCUACCAGAGGGCAGCGUUCCAUACGGGGAGGUGACGGAGAACCGAUUGAGUGCACCGCUGGACUUCAGCACUACCUUGUCCUCGUCCUCCUCAGACGACCAGCAGCCAGUCAACCUGAGUGAGAGACUGCUGCCAGCGGGGUGUUCGCCGCCAAACUCUUACCCGGCAGACCCAAACAGGAAGUACCCCAUCAAAACAGAGUACUCCAACAAGUCUCCUCCGUACAGCUCAGGAAGCUACGACUCGGUGAAGACUGAACUGAGCAUGUGCGCGGAAGACUUGACCUCCGGCCGUGCGCAGAUAGUUGAUGAUGAUGACGACGAUCACGAUGACCAUGACGACAGUGACAAAAUCAAUGACGCAGAGGGAAUGGACCCAGAGAGACUUAAGGCCUUCAAUAUGUUUGUGCGUCUGUUUGUGGAUGAGAAUCUGGACCGGAUGGUACCCAUCUCUAAACAGCCCAAGGAGAAGAUCCAGGCCAUAAUGGAGUCCUGCAGUCGCCAGUUCCCCGAGUUCCAAGAGCGCUCCCGCAAGCGCAUUCGCACCUACCUCAAAUCUUGUCGCCGCAUGAAAAAAAGUGGUUUUGAGAUUCGACCGACACCUCCCCACCUCACCUCGGCCAUGGCUGAGAACAUCCUCGCCGCUGCAUGCGACAGCGAAACCCGAAACGCUGCCAAGAGGAUGCGGCUCGAUGUCUAUCCAGCGGACGAGACUAUCUCUGUUGACAAGCCCAGCACCAGGGAUCCUGCUUCUGUAGCCCCAUCAAGCUUCGUCAUUUCCAGCACAGCUUUUGCCCAAGACCAGCUCUACACCAAUGGAGGCCUCAACUACAACCUGCGGGGAUACGGCACAGUCGGCAGCAACCAGCAGAACGCUGCUGCUGCGGCACAAACCAAUGGCCCAACAGACCUGAGUAUGAAGUCCGUCACUCCAAACUCCUCCAGCUCCAACAGCCACGGUCAGGGAGGCGGCGGCGGUGGAGCGUCAGCCCAGCUCAGUCCUCCGGAGGUCACGGCGGUGAGGCAGCUCAUUGCCGGUUACCGGGAGUCGGCGGCCUUCCUUCUUCGCUCGGCAGAUGAGCUAGAGAACCUAAUCCUGCAGCAGAAUUGAGCUCAAAACCGACCCAAACCGCAGCCUGUCCGUCUACACAUGUAAAUAUGUCACACUGACAUGCACAUCUUGGACAGACGGGAGUGGUUCUGCCAAGCACAGCAGGUCCUGUAAGGUACCUUUACUCAUCUCACACAAUUAUUUAUGCAUUUGGUUCCCUUUGACCUCAGUGCUCUGUCUUGCUUACACCGCCACGACCCCCAUUUGUCUCAGGAAAUAAUAUUUUGCGUGGAAAACUCAUCUGCUUGUCCAUCUAGUGGAGCAGGACUUUGAUUAGCAUUGCUGUGCAAAAGUUUGCCGUCUUUCUGUUAUAAAACACACGUGUAGAAUAUCCUGUACAGUGGCAUGAGUUGAUUGGGUGAUCUACUCCACACUGGUACUACGUUUCCAACUCUUUCCAUAAAUAAUUAGUCCCUUGAUAAAUCGCUGCUAAAUUGCCUGCCUACUUUUUGGACCAUUUUAGUCGUCUCUCCAAGCUGCGUGGUCAAAACUAAUGCUGUCAAAUAAUUCAUUUUUUUAAAUAAGAUUAAUCACACUUUUACAUUUGGGAUUAAUCAUGAUUAAUGACAGAUUACUUGAUUUAAAAAACCUCAAUAUUUGGACACAAAUUUUAUUUUAUUGUCAGAAUGUCAUACAAGAUUUUUUUUUAAUGGUUCCUUGCAUGCAAGUCAUUUAUUUUCUCAAAACUUGGCAACAGUUUAAUCUAAAGCCUCGUCUGGAUUUAUUUUCAAGCGACAUUUUCCAGCGAGCACGCUAAUUGGAGUCUCGUCAUUCAUUUUUGCACUGACGCAUGCAUUGACCGGAUCAUUGGGCUCCAAGUAAAUUCUGUGAUUAAUCUGUGCAUAUACAUGAUUAAUGCGAUACUUUUGGGGGAUUCAUCACACGAGUUAACUCGUUAUUUUUGACAGCCCUAGUCAAAACAUUACCUCGUUCUCUGAGACUAGAGACUCUGACCCUGGCUGGGCAAUGAAGCCUGAAUAUGAGUUGAUAUGAGAUCAUGAAAAUCUGUCAGGGAAAAAAAGAGAUUAAUAUAUUGUUUAAUGUCAACAGACGAAGGUGCAAUAUUGAUGAUAAUCAGUAAUGGUGUACUUUUGAAGGCAAAAACGGGGAGUAUUUCACCGCAAUCCUCUCCUGUCCUAACUGUUAUAAAAUGUUAUAAUCCAAUGCAGCAUUGUAGUCAAUGUCAAUGUUUUCUGUUGUGAAUAACAUGUAUCAUUAACUCACAGAUCUACAGAAGGUAGACAUAGAGUGCCAUGACUGACCUGUUGUUGAUCUGUCACUUUUCCCACUGUAAUACUGAUUGAUUACUUUUUGUUGAGGCGACUGUAGACGUCCACGCGGCUUUACCGGAUGAUACUCAGAUAGCCCCUCCACCCCUCCCCGCAUCUCUUUGGACCUGCCCUAUGCCCUCUCAUCACCACAUUCCUCAUCGAUGUUUGAAACCUCGCAAGAGACAAUCUUUGACAAAGAUGUAACGACAUCUCAGUUUACGCUCUCUGCUGUCUGUGUGCAUGUGUGUGUGUGUUUCUGUGAGUGUGUGUGUGCGUGCGGGGGUCUGAUGGCACACAGAGUGCUCAAACCAGAUGGAGAGCACAUAGUCUCACACUUUUGACGGUGAGUAACUCAGCACAGACAUGGGUGUUAAGUAUGUUGUUGAGGUUUUAAAUGUUUUAUUAAGUAUGAUUGUGGUUUGAUUUAAAGUGUCUUUGUGACCCAUUUUGUACAUGAAUCUGUGAUGACUUCUUCAGUCACUCAGCACAUUCCAAACAAAGACUCUCCAAGCAGCCACCUUGGCUUGCACCUUACAAAGAUUAGAGAGAUAUAUUUCUUUAUUUAUCACAAGUCUGUCAUCAGAGCGUCACACACACACGUCAUCGCCAUGCCAGCAUCCCAGUUGCAUUUCGAGUGUAAUCUCUAUGAACUAUUGCAAGUUUGGAAGCACUUUAUAGCUCAGGAUUAAGGAAACACAAACAUAGUGAUACGUGAGAGUGUCUUUACCUCCAAGUCAUGAUGGUCACUAGUCAAUCACAAGCAGCUUUACAGCUCCUCAGCGGGGCGGUCUGCCAAUUCACAUGUGUGCAGCUCAAGUAACCCUGAUGUGCGCUGGUGUCUUCCUCGUCUCCUAAUUUAUUUAUUUUUUCAGUUUUUUGCCAUGCAGCUCACAAUCCCAGACCCCCUCACUCCAACUUUUGCUUGCUGAUUUGUAAAGUGGAUGUUAAGCAACAUUGUGUGCUGGAGUUUGUGUGAUCAACAACCAUUUCGUUGUUGUCGGUUUCAUUUGUUUUCUAUUUGAUUUUUUUUAUUAAUGAUGCCCAAUGGAUCAUCUAUUUGUAUUGACUGGACAAUGUAAUAAUCUAUUGGUGUUGAUGAAAUGCCCUGGUAGCUUGUGGAUUGCUAAAGUGGUCAGAUAAAUGUACUGUAUAGCUGUACAAAGAGUGAUAAAAGAUGUUUUGAAGUGUUCUUUUUCUGUGGGUACGGCACUGUUUAAAAAAAAAAAAAAAAUCAAAGUGGUUUAAGCCCUUGCCUGUUUUAACUUAUCAUUUGGUGGUGGUCUGUAAUGCUAUUGUUAUUUAUAUGAUUUCAUGGUUGCCUCUCCUGCACUAAUAAGACUGUAGCUCGGUGCAUGGGGGGUGUACUGUACACCUGUGUGAAACUUUGUAUUCCCCUCCCUCCAGUUUUGGACUCAGUGAAAGUGUGAUGUUUACAUGUACAGUUUUUCAGAAUAUGUUUCUUUUACACUAAAUGUUCAAGAGGAUUUUCCCACUCACCUGUUCCCCUUAUUUGCAUUCACACACCCUGACGGUCUUCUUUUUUCUGCUCGAAGUGCAACUCACCUGGUCAAAGGUUGCCAUGACACAUGGUUGUGGGUACCUGGGCGAAUAGAGUUGGUGAAAGAGAACAUCACAGGUGUAUCAAAGAUAAUUACAACUUAAAUCAAAUACUCGUGUGGCCUGUAGGAGGUGAGUAGGUACAUUUUUAAAACACAAGUGCUCGGAAAACUUCUCUUAAACCCAUCUGGUAUCUUGAACGGUACACGUCCUUGGUAACAUAUAAGCCAUUCCCCUCUCCUGGCCUUUACGGGGAACCCAUAAACCUCAGGAAAUACUCAAUCUCCAAGUGGAGUUUGUAUCCACUGAUUUCCUCUGCAAUGAGACUGAAAUCGCUAACACAAAAAACCAUGACCAUUUAUAUAGAGAUGUCUAUUGUUUUGUACAUUUAUCAUUGUGAUUUGGCAGUGGAUCUUUUUCCAGUACAUGUGACUUAAUAUUUUGAUUAUGUUGGAGUGUUUAUAGAUAUAGAUAUUUAUUAUUAUAUGUGGAAAUACAAAAAAAAAAAAAAAAAGGUUGAAGCUGUUUCAUUUGUAUGUUUCAUGCAAAACUGUCCAGGUGAAACUCGUACAUAUCACUAAGGGGGGACCUGUGUUUGUGUGGAAAAUAGCGCUUGUUCAGUGUUGCAUCAACGCUAUGGGGGAAAAAUACAUCAAUGGUUUACCAACACAGUUGAAAGACUCUCCUCUUCUCCUGAGAUGUCAGUAAUUGAAUAAAAUAGUGCGAUGAGCUAUCAAAGUGCAACCUUGCUUCCAUUUUUAUUCACCUCUUUUAUUCACAUUUUUAGAAAGCUUAUAGGACCAGGGACCGUGGUAUUCCUUUUACUUCUGUAACCCUGAUAUUUUCUAUCUUACCAGUCUAGGAGGUUGACUAUUUUUGUUGUCUUCCUUGCUGAAAACACCACAACAACAGUUCAGGCCUGACUCACGUUAGUCACGCUUAGCAACACUCGAGAUGUGACAUUCACCAACCAGUUGAUUCUUUUGAACGGCUCUUUUAAGUGAACUGUAAUAUCUGAUUCGCAGUUGCAGGUCAAUUGUUUGCAAAUCAUUGUAUAUCCAUAUUGCCCAGGCAUGUGCGAGCCACCCGACUUGACAGAAAAAUGAUUCAAAGUCAAAAGAACCGUAGCAGCAUGGAUUCCCUUUUCUGAGUAAUUUUUUUUAAUGGGGAGAGGUGCAUGGGGAGAGAGUCCGGGCUUCUCUGCUUAGGCUGCUGCCCCCGCGACCCAACCUUGGAUAAGCGGAAAAUGAUGGAUGGAUGGAUGUUCUUCUGUGGAUUUGUAAAUGAGUUCAGGUAGGGUGGUACAAUUUUGCAUUCACAUUUUAAUCUUGUCUUAUUUUUUAUUGUAGUUUUGUUAUUUUAUAAAUACUAAUAGGCAUACAUUUGAUGUAUUAUUUGUAUUUAUAUAUUUUUAGGGCUGCAACGAAUAAUCGAUUAGAAAAAGCUUUCAUUUAUAUUCUGUUGCUUUGAGUCAUCGUUUAGUAAAAUCAGGACUGCGUGGAGUUCCCAGAACUUUAAACAUGCGGACAGAGUGGUUGUGUGUGGGGGCCAUAAUCUAUGAGGGGCCGUUAGGGACAUUAUUCAGAAUUACCUCUUACAUACACUACUGAAAUGCUCUCACACAAACAACUGAAAUCUUUUUCUUUUAUACACACUACUGAAACACUCUUAUAAACACUACUGAAAUGCUCUUACAUACACAACUGAAAUGCUCUCACAUAAACAACUGAAAUCUUUUUCUUUUAUACACACUACUGAAACACUCUUAUAAACACUACUGAAACACUCUUAUAAACACUACUGAAAUGCUCUUACAUACACUACUGAAACACUCUUAUAAACACUACUGAAACACUCUUAUAAACACUACUGAAACACUCUUAUAAACACUACUGAAACGCUCUUAUAAACACUACUGAAACACUCUUACAUAAACUACUGAACCACUCUUAUAAACACUACUGAAACACUCUUACAUACACUACUGAAACACUCUUAUAAACACUACUGAAACACUCUUACAUACACUACUGAAACACUCUUACAUACACUACUGAAACACUCUUAUAAACACUACUGAAACACUCUUAUAAACACUACUGAAAUGUUUUUGUCUCACGCACACACACGCACACACACCUGGAAUUAUUUUUCACUAGUAUGUAUAAACGGAUUUCACCUGUGUGUGUGUGUGCUUUUUACACGUGCGUGUGAGAGACAACAAUUUCAGUAGUAUGUGUGCAAAGAUUUCAGUUAUGUGUAUGAGCGCAUCUUACCAGUGUGUAUGCAAGCAUCUACUAGUGUGUGUGAGCGAUGUUGCAUUCCGGUUCCGGUCACCAAUAAUCCCCGCCCCUUUUCAGACAGGGUUUUUUUUUUUUUUUUAAAGCCAAGUUGUUGACAAAAUGUCUGCGGACAAGUAGCUUAACCGAGGUGGGAGCUCCACUUCAUAAUUUGAGGGCUUCAGCGGAGAAUAUAAGAACACUUUCAAUGCAACAAGGGUCGCCCCUGCAGGACGCGGCACCUGAGCGGCCACACAGGUGUCUUUCUUCUCCCGACAGCCAAGCAGCCUGGAGCAAAUGUUACCUUGCGAGUUUACACUGCAGCAUCAUCAAGUGCAACGUUUCAGUUCAUGGACAUCGAAGCAAGAGGAGGAAAAGAGUCACCACGCAGCUGCAUGACCAUUUCAACAAAGACGGAAUAAACAACCUCUGGAUUCAUGGAACUUCUCUGCACACAAAUAUAUUAAUUGGAAUAUUCAAUAAAUUUCACAUAGAAA